AUGCGCUUCAUCAACCUCGGUAUGCCAAAACGCCGCGCCAAACAAGCAUGCCUCCAUUGUAGAAGUAGAAAGAUCCGGUGCGACCUGGCCUUUGGAGGCUCACCCUGUCUAAACUGCCGUUUGGAUGAGGUCCACUGUGAGGUCAGGGGCCGGAAGCCAAAGCGCAGAAAGCUCGAAACGAAGAAGGCCGAAGUCACCAACAAGACCAGCACUACCUCUGCGACCACUAUCCUCGACAACAUCUGGCUCCAGGAUGGCAUGUUUACAACUAACGAAGACUCUUCUUUUGGGGACUGCCCAUUCUCAUCCUCGAAUCCCUCACCAUGGCAUCUCGACAACGUGCAAAUAGAGUCUACAAAUGCUAGGUCGGAAAGCGACAACGCGACGUCGGAUCCGACAGAUGACGGCCUUGCUUUUCUAAUUGAUCCGGAUCUGAGUAAACUUCCUCCAGAUGAUGUUAGCUUCUUACGACAACAAGGAUGCUUGAACGUUCCGCCUCGACCUAUACUCGAUGAAUUUAUCCGGGAAUACUUUCUACACGUGCACCCAAUGCUCCCAUUGAUGGACGAAUGCGUGUUCUGGGAACAAUACGGACAGAAGAAGAAUAAAUUAUCUCUAUUCUUGGUCCAGGCGAUGAUGUUUGCCUCUUGCAGCUUCGUGCCUGAAUCUGUGACGAAAGAAUUGGGGUUUGAAUGCCCUCGCCUUGCGGCUGCGAGGUUUUACCAACGAGCCAAGCUUCUUUAUGUCUUCGACAUCGAACCCUCUGCCGUUGACCUAGCACGGGGCGCUUUGCUCCUUACCUUCUUGCCUGUCUCAUCAGGCAACGAUCACCCAACGCCCAACUCAGUAUGGUUGAUAAGAGCGAUCAAACACGCCGAAAGCCUUGGUGCCAACCUUGUAAGACACAUUAAUGGACCAGACACAGCUUCACUAAAGCGUCUCUGGUGGUGUUGCAUCAUCCGUGACCGCAGUAUUUCUCUUGGACAGAGGCGAUGUGUACAGAUUCCUGGUCAAUACCCGUUACCAGUCGAAGAGGACUUCAGCUCCGAGUUCAACGGGUCUUUGGUCUAUACACCACACACAAAAGCCCAGCUAUUCAGGAUAUUCCGUCGAUUGAUGGAAUUUUGCUAUACGGUAGUAGAUUUGCUUCAGCUUAUGGCUCGACAUCGCAGUGCUUCACGUUACAAAGAGACUGUAUGUGGUGAUGACCGCAAAAUUCUAUCUAGAUGCAGGGAAGAUCUUUCGGCUUGGUUCAGUGCCACCGGAGAAGAGUUCCUCGAAUUGGGCCACGGAAGUCAGCAACGACAUCCGUCUGUUAUUAUCUACACAAACUUUGUGUACAUACAAUACUAUACAGCUAAACUACUACUCCAUCAUCAAAAACUCAUAUUUGAUGUUGGCCUGUCUGAUUUGACUGAGGUUCUCCCCUCUGCCCUGGUCGACGAGGUUCGUUCUGCUACCUUUCGCUUUAUCGACCAUCUGUCAGAGCCCGUCAGACUUGGCCUUGCACGUUUUCUGCCCAUCAGUGUGGCUGCCUUUGCCGCUGUUCCCAUAGCGAUGCAUGUAUUCGAAGCUAGGCUCGGCGGUCAUGCCACAGCAAAUCAGAGGCGGCUUCGCAUAUUGAUCGAAAUGUUAGAGGCAUAUCAACCCCGAUUUGAGGGUAUUGAACCCCUGGGCCUUCUAGUUCGCCAAACUGUCAGCUCCGUUGAGAGUGGUCUGACGAGUCAAUGGAAGGGCUGCCUACGAAGCUGGACAGACAUUAUAGCCUAUCAGCCAUACCAGUAUUUGAGCUGUACGUCAGAGAUGGAACGAGUUCUGUGUUCUUCACAAUCACUGCAAGGCUGUUCCAUGUCGAGCAGUAGCUGGUCUGCUAUGAUGGAAUACUGCCGCCCCUCGAAAACCGCGAUCUCACCGAAUGUUUCUGAUGCUGUUGAAGGUCUGGAAAGUAUUCACUGCCUUGAUUCUCUUGAUUUAGUAACAGAAACGGACGAAUCUAGUACAUCUCUGUCUGAUGAACAGAUAUUUGAUUUAUAUAGCCUGGACUGUGAUCCAUUUGCUAGCAUGGAGCUUGAAGAUAGAGAGCUAGAGAGCAGUGAAGAUGGAGUGGACCUCUUGGAUGAGACAUUAAAAGAAUUUUAG